AUGGCGACCAAUUUUCUGGCCUCUCUGCUGUGUCAGGUUCCCAUCACCUUGGAGACGCCCGGAGCCAGGCCAUGGCUCCGACCUGAGGUGAGCCGCGACCAGGGCCACCGCCGUGCCGUGUCAUCGGCGCCGCACAGCAGCGGUUCCACGGCGUGCCUCGCGGGGGCGUCACUGGGAAUCGCCCAGGCUUAUAGGCGUUCAUCGCGUCGGCGUGCGAAACCUAGGUUCGCCCCAGACACACCAAAGAAGGAGGAAGCCGCUGACCCCGUCGCUCAAGACGACGUGCGCGACCUCACCGAUAGCACCGCCGCUGCGCCGGCACCCCGCCGUCCCGCGCCAGCCGGGCUGGCCCGGGUGAAGACGGGCCCACAGAUGGUGCGGAGGAAGGUGCCCAGAUGGGCUCCAGACGGUGGUGGUGGGGUAGACCUCAUGGUGGCAGACAAAGGCAUCGGUGGAGAACUGGACACCCUCACUGAGGAAGUAGUACCUGGCGAUGGCAGGGUUUACCGAGUCUGCUACGAUUUGGGCAUCGGUAUCCGGAAGGAAGCCAGCAUCGCAGCCAAACGAACGGGCGAAGAUCUACUGAUGGGCGAAUGCUUCGAAGUCAAAACUGAGAUUCGCCGUGCGGGGCGACGCUACUUCGAGCUCCUGGACGGUAGGGGAUGGGUCUUCGACUGGACCGAGAUUGACGGCGAGCGGACGGACCUCAUUGAGUUGGCGGCCCAACUGUACACAGUUGCCUUCCCUGAUGGCGUCAAUGGUAUCGCCUGGAGCUCUGACCCCACCAUGCGCUUCUGCACGGUGAACGGCUUUACCAACGAGGGGGAAGCCACAUCUCUCGCUCAGGCAGGUAUCCGAACUGGAGACGUGCUGGUGAUGAUCGACCAGGAUCCAGUGGUGGGUAUGCCCUUUGGCACGGCCGAAAGCUGA